UACAGAGUGAGAGAAACACAGCUUUUUGGGCAACGGAUCAGGAAGACGGUCUUGGUGUUGUGGGUAGACGACCUGUCAGAAAAAAAAAAAAGGAGAAAAAACAGUAGGAGAGAACGAAACCGCAUAGGAGGGAACCUACCUGCAGCAACGUCGUUGGUAGCCAAAGGAUUUGGUGCAGGUUAUAAACAUGGCUUCUGCUUCUUCUUCAUAUUCUUCUCGAGAAAAGUAUGAUGUAUUUCUCAGUUUCAGGGGUGAGGACACCCGUGAUGGUUUUAUUAGUUAUCUUUAUGAUGCUCUGGAACGAAAGCAUAUCGUGACCUUCAAAGAUGAUGAGAACCUUGAAAGUGGCUAUAGAAUUUCUGAAAUCAUGGAGGCCAUUAAGGAAUCUAAGAUUUGCAUAAUAGUUUUCUCUAAAGACUUUGCAUCUUCCACAUGGUGUCUGAAUGAAGUGGUUCGCAUACGCGAAUGCAAGAGAAAUGGGAAUGAUGUUAUACCCAUUUUUUAUGGCAUAGAACCAUCUGUUGUACGAAAACAGCAGGAGGGUUAUGCAGAAGCAUUUGCUAAACAUGAACAAGACAGAAGGGAGAUGUUGCAGCAGUGGAGGGAUGCUCUUAAAGAAGUAGCUGAUAUCAGCGGUUAUGAUUCAAAAAAGAUUAGGCCUGAGUGUAAGUUUGUUGAAAAAAUUGUUGAAGAUGUUUCAUCGAAAUUGUCUAAAUACGUAUCAACAAAUGAUCAUUUCAAGAGGCACUUGAUUGGAAUUGAAAAGCCUAUGAAGGAAAUUGAAGGAUUGUUAUGCAUUGGCUCAAUGAAUGUUCUCAUCAUAGGCCUUUAUGGCAUGGGGGGCAUUGGAAAAACCACCCUUGCACGUGCUAUAUUUCAAACCUUCCAUUCUCAUUUCGAAAGUUGUUGCUUUCUUAACGAUGUUAGAGAGGAAUUUGAAAGACAUGGAAUAAAUCAUUUGAGAGAGAAACUUCUUUUUGAGCUGUUCAAAGAUAAAACUUUUCUAAACAUGGAAUCAACGGUUAUUCAAGACAGAUGCCGCCGUACAAAGGUCCUUAUUGUUUUAGAUGAUUUGGAUGCAAUAUUCCAAUUAAACAGAUUAUUACCUCAAGUGUGUUCCUUCGGUGAUGGGAGUAGAAUUAUUGUCACAACCAGAGAUGCACAAGUGCUCAAGUCAAGGGCAGAUGGACUUUACGAGGUUACGAGGUUAAAUGACUUUGACGCCCUUGCGCUUUUUCGCUUGCAUGCUUUUGGUCAAAAUUCUGAUCUUUCAGGGUAUGAAGCUUUAUCAAAAAGUGCAGCAGAUUAUGCACAUGGCAAUCCAUUAGCUCUUGAAGUCUUGGGUUCUUCCCUUCACGCCAAAAGCACAAAAGAAUGGGAAAGUGCAUUGGGUAAGUUGAAAACAGAUCCAGACAGGACCAUUCAAAAAGUGUUGAAAAUAAGUUAUGAUGGAUUAGGUGACAAAGCAAUCCAGGGCAUAUUUCUCGACAUUGCAUGCUUCUUCGAUGGUGAAGUUGACAGAGAAUAUGUGGAAAGCAUACUACACCGCAAUGAGCAAUAUUCUGAUGCAACAAUAGGAAUAAGUGUUCUCAUUGAUAAAUCCUUAAUAAUUGAAUGCCAAAACAAAUUGUCCAUGCAUGGUUUACUACGACAAACGGGUAAGGCUAUUGUUUGUGAUGAAAACAAAGAACCUGGAAAACGUAGUAGACUGUGGAAUGCUAAAAAUGUUAGCUAUGUAUUGGAAAGAAGUACGGUAAGUGCAAAUUAGUUUAAUACAUUUACUUGUGUCUAUAAAUAUUCAAGUUAAUAAAUUUUC